CCCUCUUUCCGGAAGCGUGGAUAGUGUCCCUGGGACUUGGUCGUCGCGGGUGAGCCGGACCCGGUAGUGGUCUGGGGGGAUCGGGGCGGCGUGGGCGGCGGCCUCGGUGCGCAGCGCGGCUCUCCUGCCCUCACGUUCAGGAACUCACAUCUGGGACAAUGGUGUGCAUUCCCUGCAUCGUCAUUCCAGUUCUGCUCUGGGUCUACAAAAAGUUCCUGGAGCCGUAUAUAUACCCUCUGAUCUCCCCCUUUGUUAGCCGUAUGUGGCCUCGGAAAGCUAUACGAGAAACCAAUGAUAAAAACAAAGGCAAAGUAGACUAUAAGGGUGCAGACAUAAAUGGAUUACCAACAAGAGGACCAACAGAAAUGUGUGAUAAAAAGAAAGACUAAACUGAUUGUCCCAAAGGAUCUCAUUGUUUUAAAAAUGGACCUGAUACUAUGAAGCACCUUCUUUUUAAUUGUCUCUGAUCUUUUUCCAAGACCAGAAUUUGGGUUAGAUAUUAAUAGUUUAGACAUUUACCUGACGCUAAUCAGGGAAUACCUGGUAUUUGUAUUUAAAAUGUAGCUAGUUAUAUUUAACAACCUCAUUUCUGAGUUCCUUUUUCAUUAAAGUAGCUUUCAUUUCUUUUAUUGCAGUUUUAAAAAUAUGAGUAAAUAUAUAAGGUUUGUGCCAGUGGACACUGUUACUAAGUCAGUACCUAGAAAUUUGGGGGGGCUCUAGCUUUUUUUAUUCAGGCUCUUCAAAUUUGAGGAGUGUAAUUUUACUGUGAAACACUGCAGUGAGACUGUGCAGUCAAAUGAAAGGUAGUUUUUAAAGAUGAUAAUGACUUGAAAUAAAGAUGUAAUUACUGUCCAACUCAAAGGAGUAGCUUAUCUGUGAGAAUAGUAAUUACUAUUUAUUGCUCUGAGGAAGAUAGAAAAGACAGGGAAAUAGGGGAAACCUCUCUGAAAAAUGGAACAUGUUUUACAUAAAUGUCUAAUGUGUAAUAUAAAAUUCUAA